GUCGGUGUGGUACGGCGGCUCGCAGGGCUCAAAGUUCGCAGCUAGCGACGCUGACGAUGGGAGAGGUUGUUUGCGAGGAACUCGAAGAUUUGGUUCAUUUCUCAGUGCACGACCUGCCGGCAAGAGGCUAUGUCGUCAUGGGGGAAAUACGGCGGCAGGGGAAACUCUGUGACGUCACGCUCAAGGCGGGCGAGCACAAAUUCAGCGCCCACCGCAUCGUGUUGGCUGCCUCCAUCCCGUACUUUCACGCCAUGUUCACUAACGACAUGGUGGAGUGCAAACAGGACGAGAUCCUUAUGCAAGGAAUGGACCCCAGCGCUCUGGAGGCGCUGAUCAACUUCGCCUAUAGCGGCCACGUGGCCAUCGACCAGCAGAACGUUCAGGCGCUCCUGAUCGGCUCCAGCUUCCUGCAACUGCAGAAUGUCAAAGACGCCUGCUGCUCCUUCCUGCAGGACAGGUUGCAUCCCAAGAAUUGUUUGGGAGUGCGGCAGUUUGCAGAGACCAUGAUGUGCGCCGCCCUCUACGACUCAGCCAACAAUUUCCUGCAACGGCACUUUGUGGAUGUGUCCCUGUCGGACGAGUUUCUCACCUUGCGGACGGAAGAGGUGCUGGAGCUCGUGGCCUGCGAUGAACUCAACGUCAAAACUGAGGAGCAGGUGUUUGAGGCGGCUCUGUCUUGGGUCCAUCACGAUCGCGUUAAGCGGGCACCAUUGCUGCCGGAGUUGCUGUCCAAGAUCCGGCUGCCGCUUUGCCGUCCACAGUUCCUGACGGAGCGAGUCCAGCAGGAAGAACUCGUGCGCUGUUGCCACAAAUGCAGGGACCUCUUGGACGAGGCCAAAGACUUCCACCUGAUGUCGGAGCGUCGCCCUCCCGGCCUCCCGGCCUUCAAGACGCGUCAGAGGUGCUGCACGUCCAUCAUGGCGCUCAUCUACGCCGUGGGAGGCCUAAAUAGCUCUGGUGACUCCAUGAACGUGGUGGAGGUCUUUGAUUCCACGGGGAACUUCUGGGAACGCUGCCAACCCAUGAGGACGGCCCGAAGCAGGGUAGGCGUGGCCGUGGUCAACGGGCUCCUGUACGCCAUCGGAGGAUACGACGGCCAGUCGCGACUCAGCACCGUCGAGGUCUACAACCCCGAGACGGACGCGUGGACCAGAGUGUCCAGCAUGAACAGCCAACGCAGCGCCAUGGGAACGGUGGUGAUGGACGGCCACAUCUACGUAUGUGGCGGCUACAAUGGAAAAUCUUCUCUCAACUCUGUGGAAUGCUACUCGCCGCACACUGACAGGUGGACGGUGGUGACGGAGAUGAGCGCCAGUCGCAGCGCCGCCGGUGUCGCCGUUUUUGACGGGCGCAUCUUUGUGUCAGGAGGACACGACGGCUUGCAAAUCUUCAACACGGUGGAGUCCUACAACCACCACACGAACCGCUGGCACGCGUCGGCGCCGAUGUCCAACAAGCGUUGCCGUCAUGGGGCGGCGGUGCUGGGUAGCCAUUUGUAUGUCGUGGGCGGCUACGACGGUUCGAGAUUCCUAAGCGGCGCAGAGGUCUUCAGCUCGGCCUCGGGCCACUGGAGCCACUUGACGGCCAUGAACACGCGGCGCAGCAGAGUGUCGCUGGUGGCGGCGUCGGACCGCCUGUACGCCGUGGGCGGCUAUGACGGGCAGACCAACCUGGGUUCCGUGGAGAUGUUCAACCCCGACACGGCUCGAUGGACCUUCAUGGCGCCCAUGGCCUGCCACGAGGGCGGAGUAGGCGUAGGUUGCAUCCCCCUGCAGCUCGUCUAAACGGUCCCAUCGCACCCCGUCGCAACCGGCGGGUCCGCUGUCGGUCCAGGCCGGGCAAGUUUGUGCCGGUGACCAUAGCUCGAGCUGCCGGGGCUUACGGUUAGCAUUGCGGCCGCGGCAGUUCCGACCGCCGGCAGGCGCCGCGAUCAUGAGGCCGCCGCGCACGCGCUGGCCACUUCCUCUUGGCCGGCCAGGACAGGAAGUGGCUCAUCUGCUUUAAAAUAAAAGCGCAUAGGGUUAGGGUGGUGCUCAGCCGGGACUUCUUUUUGGAAACAAGAGGAAUGUGUCCUCAUGACUUCCAAUUCAUACAAUGUGCAAGGAAUGUGAAUGUGGAGCAAAGUUGUUUCUGCAAGUGACAAAGAAAUAAAGUUGCUUAAGGGAUGAAUGUA